AAAAUUAUUGCUUGUGUUGGUUGAUGCAAGUAGUGUGUGUCAGGCUCUACUGUUGUCAGUUUAUUUUGUUGAAUUAAAUUCUAAAACCUGUUUGAACCUUGACAAUCAGCUGUCUCCUAAAUUUAAUAAAUUUCUAAUUUUUAGUUAAACAAAUUCCUUGAAAAUGUCUGUUGCAACAAAAGGUAUUUUUUUUGUGUCAGCAAAAAGAACACCAUUUGGAAAAAUGGGUGGUAUGUUUGUAAAUAAAACAGCAACGGAUUUAUCAAUUGUUGCAGCAACAAGUGCUAUGCAAUCAGCUGGUUUAAAACCUGAUCAAAUUGAUCAUGUUGUUUUUGGAAAUGUCUUAUCGUUGUCUUCAUCUGAUGGAGCAUUUUUGCCAAGACAUGUACUUUUAAAAUCUGGAAUACCACUUGAUAAACCAGCUCUUGGAGUAAACAGAUUAUGUGGAUCUGGAUUCCAAUCAAUUGUCAAUGGAGCUCAGAGUAUUGCUGUUGGAGAAUCAGAGAUUGUACUAGCUGGUGGUGCUGAAAAUAUGAGUCAAACUCCUUUUGUUGUUAGAAAUGUACGUUUUGGUACAGCACUUGGACAAGAAUAUAAAUUUGAGGAUGCUCUUUGGGUUGGAUUAGCUGACUCUCAUUGUAAUUUACCAAUGGGCAUGACUGCUGAAAAGCUUGGUGCCAAAUAUGGCAUCACCAGAGAAGAAGUAGAUAAAUUUUCAUUGAGAAGUCAAACUCUCUGGAAAGCUGCCAAUGAUGCCGGAUAUUUUAAAGAAGAAAUGGCACCAGUUUCAAUUAAAGUUAAAAAACAACAAAUUGAUGUAGCUGUUGAUGAACAUCCAAGACCACAAACUAAAAUUGAAGAUCUCCAAAAAUUACCAUCAAUAUUUCAAAAGAAUGGUCUUGUUACUGCUGGAAGUGCGUCUGGUAUUUGUGAUGGAGCAGCUGCAGUGAUACUUGCUGGAGAAGAUGCUGUUAAAAAAACUGGAGUUAAACCAAUUGCUAGACUUGUUGGAUAUGCAACUAUUGGAGUAGAUCCAAGCAUCAUGGGAAUUGGACCUGCACCAGCUAUUAAAAAUCUAUUAAAAGUCACUGGAAAAACACUCAAUGACAUUGAUCUUGUUGAGAUUAAUGAAGCAUUUGGUGCUCAAACAUUGGCUUGUGCUAAAGAUUUAAAUCUUGAUAUUAAUAAAUUAAAUGUUAAUGGUGGUGCAAUUGCACUUGGUCAUCCACUUGGUGCAUCUGGAACAAGAAUAACAGCUCAUCUUAUUCAUGAACUUAGACGAAGAAAUGGAAAAUUCGCAAUUGGAUCUGCUUGUAUUGGAGGAGGCCAAGGUAUUGCUCUUCUCAUUGAAGCUCUGUAAAAUUAAAUAUCUAUAUUUUGUU